AUGAAUGAAGCCAACAGGAAUGAAAAACCUGAAUCGAGGUUGCGUCUUGAACAUGAGUACCUUUUAAAAAUCUACAGACUUUUCUUUCUUUGUUUUUCUAUUAUAAUUUGUUCUCAGUUACCUGACGCACGCUCGAAACUUUUCAAAGGAGACCUUUUUUUUUUUUCUUUCUUUCUUCAGCUGGCUAUUUUUUAUUUGCUUUCUCGUUCUUUCUCAUUGACUUCCAUUUUCUUUAUUGCUCCUUUACUCUUUUUUAACUCUUUUUUUCCUUCUUUCUUUUUAUUUCUUCCUUCCUCUUGCGAUUACUCAUUUCCCAUUCUUUCUUUCUUUCUUUCUUUCUUUCUUUCUUUCUUUCUUUCUACAUUUUUUCUUUAUUUAUUUCUCAUUCUUUCUCCUUCUAUUCGUUUUACCAUUGUUCUUUUAAAACUUUCUUAUUUGUCUUUUUCUUUUAUUAUUUCAUUCUUUUUCCUUUUUAUUAUUUUCUUUCUCUUGUUCUGUUCUAUUGUUCUUUCUUUCUUUCUUUCUUUGUUCUUUCUUUCUUUCUUUCUUUCUUUCUUUCUUUGUUCUUUCUUUCUUUCUUUCUUUGUCAUUCUAGUUUCAGAACUCUUCAUAGUAGCACCAUGUUCAGCCAUUAUCGUCACCCGUGAAUUCAAUGCUCACCGAGUGACCAGUAAUCGUCGUAUCUAUCUAUCUAUCUAUCUAUCAACUCGGAGGUCUUACCCUCUCUGUCUAUCUAUCUACUUAUCUAUCUAUCUAUUUAUCUAUGUAUCAGUUUCUUUCUUUCUCAUCAUUUCUUUCUUUACCGUCUUUUUUCUUUUUUCAUUUUCCUUCUUUUUCUUCCUUUCUUUCUUUAUUUCUUUCAUUUUCCUUCUUUCUUUCAUUUUUUGGCUUCCAUUUUCUUCGUUCAUUGUUCUCAUUUCUUUCGUUCUUUUUUUCUUUCUUUGCAUUCCCUUUUCUUCUUUCAUCUUACUCAUUUCAUUCAUUCUUUCUUUCUUUGCCUUCCAUUUUCUUCGUUCAUUUUCUUUCUUUCUUUCUUUCUUUCACUAA